CGCAGGAGGAGCUGGCGGAGGGGAUGGCGGGGCCGGAGGAGGGGUUGGCGGCGCCAGCGCAAGAGGAGCUGGAGGCGCUGGCGGCGAUCUUCUGCGGCCCCGGCGAGUGGGAGGUGCUCAGCCGCUCAGGGACCCAGGGCGCCAUGUGCAGAGUCCUCACCAAAGCCGAAGGCCCGUCGGGGGCGGACACCCCCCUGGAGCUGGUGUUCCACUUACCGGCCGGCUACCCCGCGUGCCUGCCGGGCGUCUCCGUCAGCUCCGAGCGCCUGACCAGGGCCCAGUGCGCGGCCGUGAGGGACAAGCUGCUGGAGCAGGCACAGGGCUUCCUGCCGGAACCGAUGGUCCACCAGCUGGUCGUCUGGGUCCAGCAGAACCUCCGGCACCUCCUCGCCGCGCCGGGGUCGGGAGCUGGCCCUGGCACGUGCCCUGCGGCGAGCGCCACGGAGGCCGAGGGGCCGUGGAUGACCCUCCUGCACUUGGACCACAUGAGAGCGAAGACCAGAUACGUGCGGACGGUGCGGCAGUGGGCCUCCGCCCUCGGGCUGACGGGGAGGCUCAUGUUCAUGGGCAGAGUCAUCCUGCUCCUUCUGCAAGGGCACAGGGACCGCGUCAAGAAAAUUUGGGACCCAGAGCGCAGGACGCCUGCGGAUAACUUCCUGCUUGCCCCUCAGGAGUACCUGGUGCUUCAGAAAACCUCCAAGGUCGACGUGGACUCGAGUGGGAAGAAGUGCCGAGAGAGGAUGGCCAGCGUGCUGUGGGAGGCCAGGGCGCCGCCGGGACACGCCAGGUUCCUGGCAUUUGAAGUCAAAGAGCUUUCAUCGCUGGACGAGCUGCGGAAGGAGUUUGAAACCGCGGGACUGGAGGCGCUGUUCCCCGAGUGCGUCCUCGGGCUGGUGAAGUGAAACGGGAGACGGGUUUUUUUUGUUGUUAAACAGCUGCGUUUGUUCAUUUCUGUUGUUGGAUUUGCAUUGGAUUUUGGGGGUGGACAACUGGAAGAACUCAUAAAGGAAUGGUUUUAAAGUGUCUGUGAGGCAAAAUGGGAGGUACCAUCCUGUCUUCAGGAACAAAAGCCGAUUCUGUUCGUGGAAUAUUACACAGUAAACACACCCAUGCUGCUGGGUUUUUUUUGUUUUUUUUUUUGUAAUAAUGUUUUCAUUGGUUUCAGAGAGGGAGAGAGAGAGAGAAAAAAACAUCCACAAUGAAAGAGAAUCAUCGAUCGGCUGCCUCCUGCACGCCCCUCACUGGGGAUCAAGCCCGCAAACCCGGCCUGUGCCCUGCCCGGGAACCGAACCCUGACCUCCUGGUUCACCGGUCGACACUCAACCACUGAGCCCCGCCGGCCGGGCUGUGCGCGCUAAUUUGUGACAGUAAAGGCUGGGUUUCGGGGAUGGGACCUUCUUUGCCAGACGGCGAUGAGCAGACGAUGUAAACGAGCCCUGAGCUCACAGGGAGGGUGUGUUUGCCGCCGGCAAUGUUCCUGUGAUGAAACGAUGUUUGAAAAUAA